AGAUUAACCCAGUGAAGUUUCUACAGUUUUACUAAUCCGAUAAAUAUAUUACACUGUAUACCUUUAUGAGCAAUCCUGCAAUCUCAGAGCCAAUAUCUAUUCUUCUUGAAACACAAAACUACAUUGUUAUCAAUAAACCUUAUGAUUUAUGUAUUAAUGGUGAAAAAGAGCUACAGACGCAUGGUAAAACUGUUGCCAGUAUAUUGGGUGAUCAAAGACCGGACCUUGUUGAUAACCAUGUUUGUUCUGGCUUUCGUUUUCCGCACCAGUUGGACUAUGCCACAAGUGGAGCAUUGUGCAUUACAUUGAAUAAAAAGACAACUGGAGAAGUGGUACGACUGUUUAAGGAAAGAAAAGUGGAAAAAGAGUACUUGGCUUUGGUGCGUGGUCAUGUCUCAGAAGAUGAACAAGUUAUCAAGUCUAUGAUUGGAAAGGACUCAAGUGAUGUCACAGGAUUUGCUAUGACAUCAGACGAAAUGAAAUACACACAUCCCAAGUCAGCAGAAACAAGAAUUAAAGUUCUUAACAGAGGAUAUUACAAAAGUCAGCCCAUCUCAAAACUUGCAGUUCAUCCAAUUACAGGGCGUCGACAUCAGAUCAGGGUGCACUGCCUGAAUAUUGGCCAUCCAAUUUUAGGAGAUUAUACGUAUUCAGGAAAGUUGGAUAGUAAGCCAUAUCGGAUGAUGUUACAUUCCUGGAAACUUAUGAUACCUUUAGAGCACGAGGCAGUAGACAUCACAACAUUGGAUCCAUUUGGUUGUCUGAUUGAGAGUAAACACAGGAUAUAGUAAGGUUGUGCCAUGUCAAUGACUGAUUUGAAUACAGAAAUAAAGACAAUUUUACGUCCAGACUUUCUCAUAAGUGAAAAUGACUUGUUUACAAAAUUACGUCUAAAUGGAAAUCAGGCUUCAGGAUCUAAAAACAAACCUCAAUCACUAGUUCUUUAUU